AUGGAGAUGGUCCAGUGUCUGAAGAAGGACAUGGAGGAGAUCCAGCAGACCUACAGGAAGGUGGAGCUGACGGCUGGAGCUCAGGCUGCCCAUGUUCUGAAGGAGGUGGAGGAGUUUCAGAAGAUUUACAGAGUCCUGACUGAACAGAGACCCACGAGUCUAGGAGGUCUGAGGGGACCUGGAGCUGUCCUGGACCUGAUAGGAGUCACUUCCACCAUCAACAACCAUGAACACCACCUGGACCACAUCCUCCAGUCAGCUGAUCAGGGUCAGAAGGUCAUGGACGCCCUCUACAAGAUGAGAGAGGAACUGAAGAACUUACAGAUGGACAAGAUGAUGGAGAAGAAGGAGGAGGAGGAGAGGGAGGAGGAGGAGGAGGAGGAGGAGGAGUGGAAGGAGGAGGAGGAGGAGAAGAAGCCACGCUGA